AUGGAAGUUUUAAGAUGCAUUCUAAAAGAGAAAUCUCUUCUCCCUGAUUUUAAUUUUCAUUGGAAAUGUGGCUCCACCAAACUUGUCAAUCUUUGCUUUGCAGAUGAUCUUAUGACUUUUUGCAAAGGUGAAGUGAGUUCCAUUACUCAUAUUACACAAUCCUUGACUGAGUUUGAAGCCUUGUCUGGUCUUUCUCCAAGUUCUACCAAGAGUAACAUAUUCUUCUCAGAGGUUAAUCCUUCUACAAAAGCUUCCAUUUUGAACAUUUUAGGAUUCCAGGAAGCCAAGACUAACCCAUGGACACAUAGGUACCUAUCUUAUGCUAGCAGAAUACAAUUGAUUUUAUCAAUAGUAAUCUCAAUGCAAACUUAUUGGUCAUCUCUUUUCAUUAUCCCAAAGAAGGGUAAAAGCUUUUGGAGUGUUAAAACCCCAUGUGACCCCUCUUGGGUUUGGAGGAAACUCCUUAACCUUAGAUCAGUUGUUCAGGCUCACAUUAAGUAUAAAAUUGGGGAUGACCAAUCAACCUCCUUGUGGUUUGACAAUUGGAAUCCCCUUGGUCCCCUCUUACCAAGGUUUGGACCUAGAGUUAUCUAUGAUUUAGGGCUUCCUAAAGACUUUACUGUCAAGGAUAUCAUUAGGAGCAAUCAUUGGGCUUUCCCAUUGACCCAAUCUCCUGAUCUUAAUGAAAUAAGAUCUGAAUUACAAGCUGUCCCCAUCAAUGAUUCCAUUGAGGAUAGUUGUACGUGGACUCUCACUGCUUUUGGUGAAGAAUCCCAUGAACACUUGUUUUUUGAGUGCCCUAUGGCUACACUUAUCAGGGGUAUUUUGUCCAUUAAAACCCCUCAUAUGGUAGGGUUGGCAACUUGGCAGCAGUGGGUGAACAGGUUGUCCAAUUUCAAGGGUAAAUCUUUGGCCAUCACAAUUGUUAAACUUGUGUUCAUAGUGUGA